UUACAAGAAGUCCCUCGUCUUCCUCACUCCUUCGCAGCCACUUCCGGGAACUCCGGUUGGAGUAGAAGAAAGAAAAAGAAAAGAAACCCCUGGCCCUAACCCUAGCUUCCCGAAGCCAUCAUGGAGUCCCUGGGCGUCCUUCUCACUCUCCCCAUGAACCCCUACCUGGAGGCGGAGCUCCACCGGCGGUGCCACCUCUUCCGCCUCUGGGAGUCCCCGCCGGCCCACCGCAAAGACUUCCUCCAGGCCAACGCACCGUCGAUCCGGGCGGUGGUGGGGAAUGCCACCGUGGGGGCUGACGCCGAGACCAUCGACGCGCUGCCGCGGCUGGAGAUCGUGGCCUCCUACAGCGUCGGCCUCGACAAGGUGGACCUCGCCCGGUGCCGAGAACGGGGGAUCCGGGUGACCUACACCCCCGACGUCCUCACCGACGACGCCGCCGACCUCGCCAUCGGCCUCUCCAUCGCCACCUUGAGGCGGCUUUGCGAGGCCGACCGCUACGUGAGGGCAGGGUCGUGGAAGGCCAAGGGGGAUUACAAGCUCACCUCUAGGUUCAGUGGUAAAACUGUGGGUAUUCUUGGGCUUGGCAGGAUUGGUUUAGCUGUUGCCAAGAGAGCUGAAGCCUUUGGUUGCCCGAUCUGCUACCACUCAAGAACAAAAAAUCCAAAUGUAAACUACAAGUACUUCCACAGUGUACUUGAGCUGGCAGGUAACUGUGAUGUGCUCAUUGUGGCAUGUCCGCUAACCAAGGAAACUCACCACAUCAUCAACCAUGAGGUGAUCAACACAUUGGGCCCGAAGGGUGUGCUUGUGAAUAUCGGACGAGGUCCUCAUGUGGAUGAGCCUGAGCUCAUCUCAGCAUUAGUUGAGGGCCGGCUUGGAGCGGCCGCGCUGGAUGUAUAUGAGCAUGAGCCUGACAUACCUGAGGAGCUGUUUAGACUGGAAAAUGUGGUUUUGACACCUCAUGUGGGAAGUGCCACCUGGGAAACUCGCAAAGCAAUGGCAGACUUGGUUCUUGGGAACUUGGAGGCUCAUGUGCUGAAUAAACCCUUGUUGACUCCAUUUCUAUGAUUCUAUAUAUUGGAAGUGGUGGGUUGAUCAUUUUCGGGCACUCCAUGGUGGAUAUUUCAUUAAGAUGUCUGCCUUUCGGGGAGCAAUUUAUUUGCAAUUAAAUAAUUUUGUGGAAUUGUUUGUAUGUCAAAAUUUCCUGAAAUAUCAUUGUUAUUCUCAAUCGAGUUGUCCGUAUGUACUCUUAUUUCUUUCACGUUUUCAUUGUACAAUGCUGACAAACUAUUCAAUUUGUGAAAUAUCAAAUUUUGUUUUCAAUGAAGA